AUGCGAAAGUUGGAAUGGGACGACAUGGGAGUGAAGGUUGAUGGUCGGCAGCUACACCAUUUGCGGUUUGCUGAUGGCAUUGUACUGAUAACACUUAGCAUCAGCCUGGCGGAACGAAUGCUGACCGAAUUCGACGAAACAUGUGAAUGCAUCGGUCUUCAGCUGAAUCUACAAAAGACGGUGUUCAUGAGGACCGGAUGGGUUUCAGAUGCCCCAUUCACGCUCAACGGAACGAACAUAUCCGAAUACACCAGCUACGUUUAUCUGGGUCGGGAAUUGAACAUGAUGAACAACCUAACUGCCGAGCUGGGCAGAAGGAGACGAGGGGCUUGGGAAGCGUACAAGAGCAUCGAGGAUGUAGUGAAGAAGACCAAGAAUACCCGGCUCCGUACUCACCUCUUGAACACCACCGCACUUCCUGCUUUGACUUAUGCUUCGGAAACCUGGGCAUUUCGCAAGCAGGAAGAAAACGCAGUGAUCAUCACUGAACGCGCAAUUGAGAGAGUGUUGCUAGGAGUAUCCCGUUUCACGCAAGUGAGGGACGGGACUCGAAGUUCUCUCCUAUCGAUCGAAGAUUAG